AUGGCGGCGCUGCGCGGGGGCGGGCGGCGGCGCUGCCCGUGCGGCGGUGCGGCCGCGCUGGCCGCGCUCCUCCUCUCGCUGUCCGCCCGUGCCUCGGCGCGGGGCGGCGGCGCCGAGACCCCCAGCCGCGUGCGGGUGCUGGGCGGCUCCAACUGGAGCCUGGUGCUGCAGGGCCAGUGGAUGGUGGAGUUCUAUGCUCCUUGGUGUCCGGCUUGUCAGCAAAUUGAAUUGACAUGGGAGAGUUUUGCAAAGGAAAGUGAACAUCUAGAUAUCACUGUGGGAAAGGUGGAUGUCAGUCAAGAACCAGGCUUGAGUGGUCGUUUCUUUGUCACAACACUUCCUACAAUUUACCAUGCAAAAGAUGGAGUAUUUCGCAGAUAUCGAGGCUCACGGACCCUCGAGGAUCUUCAAGGCUAUGUUUCAGAGAGAAAAUGGGAAGCUGUGGAGCCUGUAGCAGGAUGGAAGUCUCCGUCUUCUAUAAUGAUGCAUGGCAUGGCAGGGCUCUUCCAUCUCUCUGGGUGGAUCCGGCAAAUUCAUAGCUACCUCACUGGCAUUCUUGGGCUACACAUUUGGGUCUCCUAUGCAGUGUUUGUCCUGGCAACCUUAUUGAUUGGCCUGGCCCUGGGUUUGGUAUUGGUUUUGAUUUCAGACUGCCUUUGCCCAUCCAAGUCAAAAAACAAAGAUGAAACAUCUGAUGAAGUGAUUGAAAAGGAGAAUGUGGAAAAUGCAGCAUUAGAAGAACCAGAGGAGUCUGCAGAGCUUUCAGCAGAUGAUGUAGAAGAAACUGCAGAGGUGAAGGACCUCUCAGAUGGAGAAGAUGCAGCAAAUUCAAGUGCCGAUGACUUGGAGGAAGACUUGAUACUUGCUAAAGAAUCAGAGGAAGAAGAAACAGAAGACUUAAGUGAACAACCUUUAGCUGAUUCAGAAACUGAAAGCUCAGUAAGACAGCGUAGAAGUCAGGUGGCUGAUAGUGGCCUAUAGUUAGGGUGGCAUAUUUUGUACUCUUGGACCAAAGAAGGAUCAACCUGGGUCAGAAGCGGAGGCUUGUGUUUGACUUGUCACUUGUGUUUACGCAGAAUCUCUGCUCUUUCAGUAGGCUUUUUUGCUAAUAUUUGCUCAUUGACUCCAUUUUAUAAGCACACAUGCUAUGUAUGUAACUUUUGCCAUGACAAUCAAGAUGAGUGUAUUUUAUCUGUUUUGAAGAUGUCUUAAGAGUCUGAGUCCAGUUGUGAAAUGGUCAUCUGUGCUUAUAUCCUGUAGUAGAUAAUGACCUAACCAGGAUUUGUAACCUCGUCAUGACACUCCUGCCUGAAUUUCUUUUUUCCAAAUGCCACAGAAGCACCAAACAUAUGAUACAGUAAUGAAAGAAGGCACCUUACUAG